AUGGCCACAACCCUUGUCGUCUCCAAACCCGAUACUGCAUGGACUGGUCGGCCAAGGCAAGAAGGACUUCGCCCCGACACGGAUCCCUUGAUCGCGGACACGCUGUACAAUGCAAUAUACAGCCCUCUCUGCUGGCUGUCCGACGAGGUGCUCCUGCGCAUCAUGAAACAUCUGGACCCUGUAGGCCUCCAAUGCCUGCGCAGAACCAGCCGCUUGUUUCUCUGCCGCUUCAGCGACGAGCAGUUUCAGAAAUUCCACGACCACAACGGUCGUGAAUCUACGGACCUUGUGGGGCCGACUAUCUUCUUUCCAUGGGCAAAACCGCGCCGCCUUCACGGGAUCACGUAUCGACCGACACCAGGAGCGACAUCCCUCCAUCAGCUCAUCAAGAAGGACACUGCCAGUAGCGUCUGUUCAGCCUGCCAGAGAACCAGGGAAGCUCGCUACGAGUGGCAGCGCACUCUACAGAUCAAGCGGACCGGUGACAGCGCGUGGAGACACUGCAAGCCCUGCGGCAUGGACCACCCGCCAGCACACUUCUUACGCCUCCGGCAGUGCAUUGGCCGCCUGGGCCAGGUGCGGCUCUGCGCGCACAGAGACUGCGUGGUCAACUGGGACACGGUUGUCAGGUACGGCAAGCUGCUGGCGAGCCAACACGCUUCUGGUGGCGAGGAGGUGGCGUGCUACUAUCCAUCCAUCACCCUCAAGGGCAGCAAAAACACCGCAUGUCUGCACUACGCGGGAGAAGAGAACCUGCCGGGAGAGUGGCAGCUCGCAAGGCGACAGAGCAACGACGGAGCAUGGAACCAAGCGUGCCGUUUUCCACGCGACGACAAUUUGGACACAAUGGCACCCGGAACGCACACAGCACGCACCGUCCUCGGCGGAGACUUGGAGACGCGCAUUGACAUCGACGCCUGCGCAAUUCCAACCCAGGGCCCAUCCCAGUGUUGUCUAAAAAUCACCGUCCGACGGUCCAUUCUCGUGGCGGCCCCGGGCCAAGUAUGCCGCGGCGUGACACAGUCGUGGUACGAGGCCCUCGAUCCCGGUUCGUAUCGUGGAACGGUGCUCCCCGGGUACGAGAAGACGGCCUUUGACGGCCUGGCGUGUCCCCGCGAUGAUCCGGCAUGUGCGAACUACUGUCGCUACUUGGAGCGGCCAGUGGCUCCCAGAGACCAGGCUUCUGUUUUGUCUCCUGGUGCAGCGGUAGCUCCCGACAAGAUCUCCAAGAAAUAG